AUGGUCUAUGAGAUAGAGGAUCAUGAGACUCAAUACUGCUUUCCUGCCAUCAACUCAUCAUGUAUCAAGGGAAAGCGCUCAAGUUAUGAAUACAAUAUCAUAAGCUGCACACUCCAACCCAACCUGAUCAUUCUCUCUUUGGCUGUGGCCGAUAUGCUUGUAGGGGUUAUUAUCAUGCCUGUGGAUGCCAUCAAGCUAAUUGAGACAUGUUGGUACUUUGGAGACACUUUCUGUGAUGUGUUUAUGAUAAUCAUGGGACUGCUUCUCUCAGCAUCUCUCAGCAAUUUAGUUUUAAUUGCCGUUGAUCGUUAUGUGGCUGUGUGUCACCCUUUACUGUACCCAAAGAAAAUAACAACAGCUAAAACUUUAAUAAGCAUCAGUCUCUGCUGGUUUUUCUCUUCAACCUACAAUAUUGGCUAUUUAGUUAGUGGCAGAUAUUUUGCAGCUUCCCAAAGAUCAGAUGCAUGUUAUGGAAAAUGCUAUUUAGUAAUACGUUUUUCUUGGACAUUAACCGACCUUUUUUUUUCCCUCUUGUUACCUUGUACCCUGAUUAUAAAUUUAUACUUGAGGAUUUUCUAUGUUGCACAUCAGCAAGUGAAAGUUAUAAACUCCCUGAUGAAGAGUGGUAAAUGUGUAACGGAAGGAUCAGUGAGGAGGAAAUCUGAGAGCAAAGCUGCACUGACAUUAGGAAUCAUUGUGACAGUUUAUCUGCUUUGCUAUAUUCCCUAUACAUUGUCUGCAACAAGUACUACAGUAAUAUCUUCUGCCACAAUUACAUUUCUAUUAUGGACUUUGUAUGUUAACUCAGGUCUGAAUCCUCUUAUCUAUGCUUUAUUCUACCGCUGGUUUAAAAUAUCAGUUAAACACAUCUUAACAUUUAAAAUAUUCGAGCCAGCAUCCUCUCUUGUGGACAUUUUUAAAGAUUAUUAA